CACAAGCACACGUCCGGCUACUCACCUUAAGAAUCACAUAUGAAGAAGAGCUAGCGGCGCUAGCUUAGCUAAAGUGCUUCAGUGCGAAUUUUUCUUUUCUAGCUUUUUGAGGCAUUCGUCGAGGCUACGAGAACAGCGACGCCCGAGCGGAGAAGUCAAAAAAAACACCGCUGUGAUCCCCUGAUCCGCCAUCGGCUCCGGCCUUCCUCUUGACAGCAUGGGCCCGAGGAAGAGAGGAGCGAGGAAGAGGAAAAGUGAAGAGGAUCUGGAAGGAGAGAAGGAAGGAGAGGAGAAAAAAGAGGAGGCCGAUCAGAGAGGAGAAAGGACUCGUGGAACCAAGAAGUACAUCGGUGCUCAUGUUGGGAUUCAAGGUGGAAUAUGGAAAGCAGUGGAGGCCUGCACAGAGAUUGGUGGCAGCAGCUUUGCUCUGUUUCUAGGCUCCCAGCGCACAUGGAGGAGGCCUGCCCUGGACCAGACAGCUGCAGCCAAGUUUCGGGAGCAAGUUUCCCUCCAAGGGUUCGACCCAGCUCACAUCCUGCCUCACGGGUCCUACCUGAUGAACUGUGGGUCUCCUAAAGAGGAUGUGUUUGAGAAGAGCCAGGCCCUGCUGGUGGAGGAGCUCAGCCGCUGCAGCCUCCUGGGACUCAACCUCUACAACUUCCACCCCGGAUCCUCGCUGGGCUCCAUCACCACUGAGCAGUGUGUGGAGAAAAUAGCCGGUGCUAUUAACCACGCUCACCAGCAAACACCUGCUGUGGUUACAGUGUUGGAGAACAUGAGCGGUCAGGGCAGCACCUUGGGCGGAAAGUUCUCGGAGCUGAAAAGCAUCAUAGACAAAGUGAGAGACCAGACCAGAGUUGGAGUGUGUCUCGAUACCUGCCACGCCUUCGCAGCAGGAUAUGACGUGGCAGCAGAGGGAGGAGUGAGUGCCAUGCUCGAUGAGUUUGACCAGGAAGUGGGGCUCCAUUUUCUCAAAGCCAUCCACCUCAAUGACUCUAAAGGUAAACUGGGCUGCAACCUCGAUCGCCAUGAAGACGUCGGUAAAGGUCACAUCGGAGUUUCUGCUUUCAGAGACAUCGUCAAUGAGCCGAGACUCGACAACAUCCCCCUGAUUCUGGAGACACCUGGGCGGCCAGGAUUCGAGUAUGCCGAGCAGAUUGAAUUUCUCUAUUCCCUCUGUGAGAAAAACUAAACAAAUAUACAUUUAGGGAUGAAUUAACACUGGCAACGUGAACCCUGCAAAACCACAGAGAAUUUAAGUUUUUGUCAAGAACCAAAGCGGAUGAGGUGUUGGAGGCCGUUCCCCUUUAAACACACACAGAAGUUAUGUGGUUGUGUAAUCACAAUGUGAAACGUUUCAGCAAGUUAUUUGUCUUUGAUUGAACUCAUUAAAUAAACCUGUUGAGAGAA